GCGGGAAGAGGAGAGCGCGGGGACAGGGCCGGGGCAGCUUUGGCGCCGAGAGGCCGGGGACGGGAGUCUGAGUGAAGCUGAGGCCGGGACCAGGGAGAGGGGGAAGCGGCCGGGGACAGAGACCCGUGGCUGAGGCCGGGAUCGGGCAGCGCGGAGAGGCUGAGACCGGGGACCGGACAUGGCGGAGGCCGGGGAUGAAGCUGGAGCCGAAGCCGAGCAGCGCACCGCUUACACUCAGAGGCUGCGUGCUGCUGUUCACUUCACUGUUGGAUGCCUUUGUGAGGAGGUUGGGGAAGAUAAGCAGAUGGAGUUCAGUAAACAAACCAUUGCAGCCAUAUCAGAAACAACCUUCAGACAGUGUGAGAAUUUUGCAAAGGACCUUGAACUAUUUGCAAAACAUGGCAAGCGGACCACCAUUAAUGCUGAUGAUGUGAAACUGCUAGCAAGGAGGAGCAAAGCGCUGCAAAACUUCAUUAAGAAUAAAUGUGAUGAACUUGCUACCAACAAUACUGAGCAAAAAGGGAAGAAAACGGGCACUGCUGGAAAAGGAAAGAAGAAAUCUGACGGCCAUAUAGAACCCACAGUAACUGAAAAUGAAGACAUUACCAAUGACUAAUCUGCAAAUUGAAAGCUUAUUUUGACCUUGGGACUUAUCAUAAGACCACUUAGAUUCAUAUACCUUUGCUAUGAGAAAUGCUCUUGUCUUUCUUUUGGGGGAUGUGGAAUGGGGGUGUAUGAAGCGUCAUCAGCACACAAAUUAAAAUAAAUUUGAUUUAAGGUGUUAUGGAAACCAAAAAAAACACAAAUUAUGAAUUAAACAAUGUCAGUUUAUUUUUUUACUUGGCUACUAAUGAGAUAGCAUCGGCUAGCAAUACAUCCUUCAGUUGGGCAGCACGCUGAAUCUAAUGGCUCUUCUAUUAUUGUCAAACUAUUCAUUUCUAGAUGUGGGGGACUGGGCUAUAGUGGAAACUGUGGGAAAAGAAGUGAAUGCAAGAGUCAGGUGAUACCAAUUUUGCUCAUCCAGCUGUGGCAUUGGUAGCAAUGACUCACUUUUUUAAUCAUUAUUCAGCAAUUCUUGGAGGUUCUUAUGUUUUUUUAAAAUCUGGUUCCUCUUGAAAAAAAAAUGGCCAGUGAUUGAAAACAACAUUAGAGGAGUAUAAAUUAUUUGCAUCUCCAAACCAUACCCUUUAAAAUAAAUAUUUACUCAAUCAUCCUCUUUAGGGCGGCACGGUGGGGCAGGUAGAGUUGCCUUACAGUGCCAGUUCAAUCCUGACUAUGGAUGCUGUCUGUACGGAGUUUGUACGUUCUCCCUGUGACAACGUUGGUUUUCCCUGGUUGCUCCGGUUACCACCCACACUCCAAAGACGUACGGGCUUGUAGAUUAAUUGGCUUCGAUACAAAUUGUCCCUAGUACGUAGGAUAGUGCUGGUGUACGGGGUGAUUGCUGGUUGGCACGGACUCGGUAGUUAUAUGACCUGUUUCCACACUGUAUUUCCAAACUAAACUAAACUUUUACUCUUGGAUGAUUGAGUCUCAGUGGUUCAUUUUGUAAAAUGUCCAGCUGCGCGUGUACAAAUAGUGAGGAACUUGAAUUCUUCAUUUCCAUUCUAAACUAAAUUGUAAUUCCUCACAUAAUUGCUGCAGUUAAUAUCUGCUUAUUUCCAAAGGACUUGGGAAAUAAAGAACAAACUCAAAAUUAUGUAGUGCCUUUCUCAGUACAGUCAUUCCACAGGAAUACCUGGCAACUAAUAUAUAGAGAGCAAUGUCCCAUUAGAAAAUAAUUGCUGUCUUUAUAUAUUCGAGGAGCCUGUGCUGCUGUGACAGCAGUGCUGUGGGAUCUCUUGGAUGCAUGUAAACUGGCAGACAGAACUUCACUUCAAAAUCUGCUCUGAAAGGCUGCGACCCACCUUCAUUAAUUCAAUGAAAUAUCACGCUAGAUUAAGUGCUCGUCAGAAUCAGAUUUGAUACCUCUGAGAUAAAAUCAAUACUUGAUAUUCCUCGCAUCUCGAGGCAUUAAUCCUAUAAAGAGUCAGUGCACCUUAAUUUUAAACUGGAUUUAUGUUCCUAGAUUUCCACUAGCAAUAGUCAAACUCUGCAGUUUAAAAAAAAGAUAGGCACGAAAUGCUGGAGUAACUCAGCGGGACAGGCUGCAUCCCUGGAGAGAAGGAAUGGGUGACGUUUCGGGGCGAGACCCUUCUGCAGACAUCACUGGUUCACACCCAACCUCUCCUCCCCUCCCCCUUUGACAUACAGUUAAUAAGUCCAAUUUCUGACAACCUAAAACGUUAACCCAACGUUUCCUUCACCAUAUAUGUUGUCCGGUAUAUUCAGUAAACACAUUUUCUGUUUUUAAUCCUGUAGGUUUCAAAGUUAUUUGUAAUACAAUGAUAACUUUUUUUUAAACCUGCUGCUUGAAACUAAAUGUAAAUAAAAUUAAUCUCUA